AUGUGUUUGCCUCAAGACUCUUCUUGGACCAUCAGAAAACUUUUUAAGCUUAGUGAGGUAGUGCAGCCCCUCAUCAAGUAUGUGAUUGGAAAUGGGAAUGGUACUUUUCUUUGGCUGGAUUAUUGGCAUGAUGUAGGACCUCUCUAUAAAGUAUUUGGUGAAGGCAUAGUUAAUAAUGUGGGCAGUUCUCUUUUGGGCAAAGUUUCAUCUAUAAUUCAAAAUGGAGAGUGGUGCUGGCCUAGACAAAGAAAUAGGGCCAUUAUGCAACUUAUGAGGAGUACCCCUUCAAUUCUCAUGCCUAACAUAGGUGUCGAUGAUUCCGUGAUCUGGAUUCCUGCCUCAAAUGGUACAUUCUCUGUUAAAACUGCUUGGGAGACUCUUAGAACUCCUCUUCCUAAAGUUCCGUGGGCUCCGGUUGUUUGGUUCAAGCAAGGCAUUCCUAGAUGGGCUUUUAUUAUGAGGAUUCAUGCAUUUGUGGUAAAGUUCUUCAUAUCUUUAGCAUUUCUAGAAGUUCAACAGAAUGGGGGCAAGAAAUAG